GAUCUUAGGUCUGUUCAGUAUGCUGUUGUCGAUGAAGCUGGUCGUCAUUUCGAAAACCGGGUCUAGCAGCACGACCGACGCAGACCCCGCAUUCAGCACCAGGUAAUUUCCAAACGCUACUUUUCUCCGCUACACUUCGGAAGUCACUUAUUGAAUUGGUGAGGGCCGGCUUGCAAGAACCGAGUUUGAUUCGAUUAGAUGCAGACUCCAAGGGUUCUCAAGACCAUGAGAGUGCAUUCUUUCAAGGUUAAGAGUACGGUAGCUAUAAGAAGGGCGGUUUAUUAUAUCUCUCACAGGAUGUAAUUCAGAUCCCUAAGUGUGCUCCUCCCAAGUGCAGAUACCCUGUAGCUGAUACCUCUGACGAGGAAGAUGAUGGGGGAGAGAAAUCUAGAAAAGGAAAAAAGAGAUAGCGCAUACAUCAAUUUCAUGAAACUACCUCAACUCAUUGUACAAUUAUAUCGCCGCAACCAACCAUCAUGUGGAGCACGUGCAGUUGAUUACCAAGGCUGGGUUCCCAGUUUCAUAUAAUUUAUGGUACACUCGCCCAAGUCGCGCAUAGGAAUCAAGGGGACCGCUUUCAUUCAGGGGAGACAUCAAUAUUGGUCAUUCCGGAUAUAGCAGCAAGAGGAAUCGAUAUCCCUCUGUUAUCAAACGUGAUCAACUGCGACUUUCCACCGCAGCCGAAGGCUUUCGUACAUCGUGCUGGAAGGAGGGGAUGGGCAUACAGUUUUGUCAGGGCCGAAUAUGCGCCUUAUCUCGUUAAUCUACACCUAUUAUUGGGAACGAAGCUUGUUCUUUCGGAGGGCGGUUCGGUAGAGGGUUUCGACUCUGCUUCUGAUAUUAUUGUUGGAAGUUGUCUUCGAGAUUUGGUUGAAUGGAGCAUGGAGUGGACCAACGUGCUCUUGUCGAAAGAUACUAAACUCGCGAGCUGGAAAAGUGUUAGAUAGAAGGGCGAAAAGCUUUACCAGAAGAUCAAACCCGCUACAUCGGCGAGAUCAGUCAAGCGUGCUCGGGAGAUGGUUACGCAAAAAGGAUGGUCCACCACCGACCCGCUUUUCGCGAACGAUACCGACAAUGCAGAAGUAGAGAGAGCCAGGGUGCUGGUCCGUGUAGCCAAUUUCCGACCCUCAGAGGCCAUCUUCGAAAUCGGUCAGGGAGGAUUAAACAAGUCUGAAGCU